AUGUCGCGUAGACGCUGUGCUCUAAAGUGUGAGGGAAAAGUAGUGUUUUUUUCCCUACCUAAGGAUGAGGCUGUGAAGAGUCAGUGGUUGAGGUUCAUUUUUGGAAAAAUACCUCAGAAAUAUAGUCCCAACAUUGUGCUGUGCUCCCGUCAUUUCUCCGACGAGAGCUACACCAAUCUACAUGCAUACAAAGCGGGAUUUGCUGGACGGUUGUCGUUAAAGGAUGGAUCAAUACCAAGUUUAUUCGGACCAGCAUGUUCUUCCACCGAAUCACAACCUAGUACAUCACAGCAGACCAUUUCAAGUGGAUGUGUACGUGUUGAUGUGGCUUGUCAGACUGACUCUCUGGAAACUGUGAAUGUGACUACACAAACGGAUGAAUUUACAAAAACAUCUGUCGGCACACAGCUGUCCUUAAGAACACUGAAAGAUACACACGUUCGGAGUAAAGGGUCACAGGCAACCGUUACAUGUGAGACUGUUGGCACAAUAACUACAUCCUUUGAUGUACCGUUUGCAUCAACGCCGAUAAAGCCUUCUGGUGUCAGCAUAACCAAAAGACCUCAUCUGGAAUUGGAAGAGGAGGAAGAGGAAGAGUCAGACAUAGACUUUGAGAAAGAACCUCAUGACUCAACUUUUAACCCAGGCGACUCAACCAUUUCGCAGGAAUCAGAAAUGUCGUUUGUGGAAAGGCCCAUGUAUGGAGAUGCAAAAUACAUUGUUUUUGAAACAUGUUUGCGGGAGCUGUUUUCAACGUGUCCAAUUUGCAAAUCAAAGUGUGAUACGGAGCAGCACCGCAUGGGCACAUAUGUUGCAUUCAGCCAGAUUUGCCCCAAGUGUAUGUACAGCAGGAAGUGGCAGAGCCAGCCCAUUGUUGGAAGUACACCAGUUGGAAACAUCCUCUUAUCAGCAGCCACUUAUUUUACAGGAGGCUCGUUUAUCCAACUACAGAAGAUUUUCAAGGCUGUGCACUUAAACUUGUUCCAGUAUGACACAUUUCGUCGACAUUGCAGAAGUUUUCUGGAACCAGCAAUUAUUCACAUGUGGAAAAGUGAGCAGCAAAGCAUAAUAGCACAGUUAAAAGAGGGAGGAAAGACUGCUAUAGCUGGAGAUAUGCGUGCAGACUCACCAGGCCAUUCAGCAAAAUUUGGAACCUACACAGUAAUGGACAUGCAGAGUAAUACAAUUGUGGACCUCCAGCUUGUUCAGAGCAAUGAGGUUGGAGGUAGCUACCAUAUGGAGAAAGAAGGGCUGAAGAGAUGUCUGGAUGUACUGGAGAACAACGGGUUAGAGGUGGAUUACAUCGUCACUGACCGUCAUCCACAGAUCCAGAAGUAUCUCAGGGAGCGCAAGAUAACCCAGUUCUAUGAUGUAUGGCACUUCGAGAAGGGUUUGUUUAAGAAAUUAAUUAAACUGGGAAAAAACAAGGAGUGUGGAUUGGUGAAGAAGUGGCAACGUAGCAUCAGAAAUCAUGUUUACUGGUGUGCCACUUCAUCUACAUCAGGACCAGAGAAGGUAGCUAAGUGGACUUCGCUGAUUAACCAUCUCCAGAAUGUGCACACACAUGAUAAUGCACUUUUUCCCAAGUGUGCUCAUCCACUUAGAGCAUCAAAGGACCCAAAGAAAUGGUUUCAACCUGGGUCACAGGCUCUCUACAAAGUUGAAAGAGUCCUGUGCAACAAGAGGGUGCUGAAGGAUGUGGCGAAGUUGAGUCAUCAUUAUCAGACAUCUUCACUUGAGGCUUUCCACAGCCUUAUACUACGCUUCACACCAAAAAAUGUUGUGUUCCCGUUCAUGGGAAUGCUGUGCAGACUGUACCUUGCUGUGUUUCAUCACAAUGAAAAUGCCAACCGAAAACAAGCCACGACAGCAACAGGACAAGCUAUGUACAAAAUGGUGUUGCCGAAAUCCAAAAGAGGGGAAUGGACAACACGGGCAUUAAAAACAGAGCCAACCUAUAAAUAUGUGGAGGAGCUACUGAAACUGGUGUUUGAAGUCGUCAUUAUGGACCCCACUCCAUUUGUGGAUGAAAUGAAGGCCAUUCCCAUUCCAAAGUCCCUUUGUGCAGAAUAUGACAGACCGACAAAGGAAGAAGCCAUUGCCCAUCACGUGUCGCGGUUCAGUCAAGAGGGGGUCGGAAGCCAACGUACCGACCAGCCAGAUCUGGAAAUGCCUGCCGUAUCCGUGUUACAACACAGCACGGAAUCACAACACGAACACUAUGACCCAAGUAGCCCCAGCACCAGCUGACAAAACUGCGGUACGCCAGGUAGCGGAACUGCCUAAAAAAAAAGACUUUUUUUUUAUC